UCCCCACGGAGCACAAUGUGCAGCUGGGCCAAGAGCAAGAACUCCUCAGAGAUGCCAGAGACCAUUACCAGCCGAGAUGCUGCUCGUUUUCCCAUUGUUGCCAGUUGCACCCUUCUGGGCCUCUACCUCUUCUUUAAAAUAUUCUCUCAAGAGUACAUCAAUCUUCUGCUUUCUAUGUAUUUCUUUGUGCUGGGGAUCCUUGCCCUGUCCCACACCAUCAGCCCCAUGAUGAACAGAUUCUUCCCUGCAAAUUUCCCCAACAAACAGUACCAGCUCCUCUUCACCCAGGGCUCCGGGGAGAGCAAGGAAGAAAUAGUGAAUUACGAGUUUGACACCAAGGAUCUUGUAUGCCUGGCCCUGAGCAGUGUUGUUGGGGUCUGGUAUCUGCUGAGGAAGCACUGGAUUGCCAACAAUCUCUUCGGGCUGGCAUUUUCCCUCAAUGGAGUGGAGCUGCUGCACUUGAACAACGUCAGCACAGGCUGCAUCUUGCUUGGGGGCCUCUUCAUCUACGACGUCUUCUGGGUUUUUGGUACCAAUGUGAUGGUGACAGUUGCCAAAUCGUUUGAGGCCCCAAUAAAACUGGUUUUCCCUCAGGACCUGCUGGAGAAGGGCCUGGAGGCUGACAACUUUGCCAUGCUGGGGCUGGGAGAUAUUGUCAUUCCAGGAAUCUUCAUCGCCUUGCUGCUGCGCUUUGACAUCAGCUUAAAGAAGAACACGCACACAUAUUUCUACACCAGCUUUGUGGCCUACAUCUUUGGCCUGGGUCUGACCAUAUUCAUCAUGCACAUCUUCAAGCAUGCCCAGCCUGCUCUUCUGUACCUGGUCCCUGCGUGCAUCGGAUUCCCGCUUCUUGUGGCCUUGGCAAAAGGAGAAGUAACUGAAAUGUUCAGGUUCCAGCUGUCCGGUUUCAUGCAUGCCAGCAGGAGCUGCUUCUUCCCUGAGUCUCAGCCCUCACAGCAUGGCCCUGGGCCAGCCUGGAGCUAUGAGGAGAGCUCUACCCCCAAGGAGGUGCCGAGGGCCUCCAAAGAGGAGACGAUAGAAGGUGACAAGAAAGAGAAGUGACCUUGCCUAUGGACCAACCCUGGCGCCGCUGGGCUGAGGCCCUUCCAGACCCUUCGCAAGUGACAGACGAAACAGUUCUGCCAGAGCAUCGUGUUGUGUGUGUUGGAGCAGCCGCCCAGGUGGGGUAUUGAUGUACACCACAUAUCCACCCCUCCUGCUGCCCCCCGGGGCUGUGCAGCCACACUCUCCUUUGUUUUGUCUCCUACGUGAGAGCAAAGCAGGCAGGGGACAAACCACAGGCCGGUUUUUAAAUUUUGUAUUGUGCAUUUGCUUUCUCUCAUAUUAAACCAUCUCAAAGGAAGGAGA